CUGAGGGGCGGGGGCAAACUAUGAGCAAGAGCGCGAAGACUCGAAGAAGGUGCUUGGGCAGAUUUGGCGCCGUCGCGGAGUCAUUGGUCCUUUCUCGGUGGCUUGGGAGUCUGAAGUGAUGGCAGCGGCGAGCACGACCGCGACCACGACUGAGCUUAACUUGGAUGUCCAGGAUCUGAAAUCUCAGGACACCUCUGACAGUGAUUCAGACAGUGGGCAGGGCAGCUGUGAAAUGAACUCUUCGGCACAGACAAAGAAGGAAAUUGCAUCUGCUGAUGAUGGCUCAGAUGAUGAGAUUUGUGUGAGUAAGAGAAUCAAGUGUAAGAAGUUGCUCCCAGACAGUGACAGUGAAGGAGAAGAUCUUGCCCCUGACAAAUUGGAGACUGCAGAAGAAGAUGUGGAGAACGUGGAGGAAAAGAAUGAUACUUUGGCUGCUAAGGUGAAGAAAUCUCACCGUAUUUGCCGGGCUCUGCUAGACAGUGAUGAUGAUACUGAUAACAUUUUAUAUAAUGCAAACUUUGGAAAAGACCCUGAGCCUUGCUCACCUGGGCUUAAGUUGGAGAACUCCGAGAUAUCGGCAAAACCUAGGAAAAAAUACAAAAGCCACAAGAUUAAUUGUACAGAGCAAGCUGAAAGAAAAGAAAAGCACAAUUCAAGGAAAAGGAGAACAGAGAAGGAGAAGAAAAUGAAGGCCAUUAGACAGCUGAAAGAUAAGGAAGAGAAGCAAGAAGAAAAGGAGCUUGGUGAAGGAUUUCCUUUCAAUGACAGCGGGUGCCUUCUGGCUGAUAAAGACCUUUUUGAUGAUGGCUUGGAAGAGGAGGAAAGUCCUCUUCAGGAUGAAGAGUCUCUAGAGUCAAUAAAAGCUGCAGCAAAAGAGAAAAUGAGAAAACAAAAGCUGUUUUCUGAGAGUGAAGAUUACAGUGAUGCACUUGAUGGGAAUGAGGAACCACUGUUAAAGGAACCUAGAAAGGAACGGAAGGCAGCCAAGCUAAGUAAAGAAGCCAUCAAACAACUACAUAGUGAGACUCAGCGACUUAUUAGAGAAGCCAGUGUGCCUCUCCCCUAUCAUCUCCCAGAAGCCAAAAGUGUCCACGAAUUCUUCAAGCGCAAACCUCGGCCUGCUUUCCAGGGAAGUGCUAUGACUUUGCUGAAAUCAACUAAAUAUCAGCUCACACUUGAUGGAGAAAAUGCUGUGCCAAAGAACCCAGGCACUGACUGCAGAGAGAGUGGGAGAGAAGAAACCGACCAACCAGCAACUAGGGAGUUAGAAGCAGGACCCAAUCCUCAGACUUCGACCCUCCUGAACUCUUGUGUUGCCAGAACAGAUGGCUCUUCUGCUGGAGAGGUGGAGAAUUUGAUGGAAGAAUGUCUUGAGCAAAAUGGGCAGAGUGGUGAUCCCAGAACGGAAAGCCCUACUGAGGAGACAAAUUAUGAAAAGCAAGAAGACACUAAACUAAUCGCUGUUGAAUACAGUGUGCCGGUGGAGAAUAAAGUGGAAGGGGAUGCGAUUAAGCAGAGAGAGGAGCCAUUGUUGGAAUCCUCUGCAGAGCCCAAAGAAGCUGUUCAGCCUCCCAGGACAGUGUUGGUAGCAACGGGUGAAAAACGAAAGAAGUCCAGGUUGGACUGGCUUCGGGAGCUGGGGGUGGACCUGACCAUUAAGCCUACACUCUGUUCCAGGGAUGAUUCAUUUAUUAAUCUUGAUGAGCCUCAGUUGAACAAAGAGCUGGAAGCUUUGAAACAACGUUUUGCAAAGCAUGCGCUUCACACACCAAAACCGAAAGCUGAACGAACGGUGAACCUGAAUAUUAUUUGUAAAGAGACCACUAAUGAGGGCAAGGAGGAGCUAAAAGCAGAUGUAGUGCCUGUGCUGUUAGCUGCAGAGGACAAAGAGGAUGCAAUCCACACAAAGCCAGGUGAAAAGUUGCAAAUGCUGAAGGCCAAACUGCAGGAGGCCAUGAAGCUCCGUAGGAUGGAGGAACGGCAGAAGCGGCUCACCCUGUUUAAAUUGGAUAAUGAGGACAUGAUGGAGGAGGAGGAGGAGGAGGAAGAGGAGGAGGAAGAGAUGACGGAUGAGUCGGAGGAGGAAGACGAAGAAGGCAAUCUGGAGACUGUUGAGUACCUUCUUGGUGAAGCAGAGGAGGAUAAUGAGGAGCUGAGAGAGCAGGGCCUUGAAGAGGGUGAAAAAGAAACCGACAAAGAAUUGGUCGAUGAGGAACAUGCAGCCCAAACCAUGCACUGUCCUGUUGCCCCCAAGUCUUCUUCCACAGAAUCGACAUUGCUGCUGUUCAAGGAUAACUCUUCAAAAACAGGGUACUCUCUUCCAGGUGAAAAAGCUGAGAUGGAAGAAACGGUGGGCAAAAGACCCGACAAGCCAGAAGAUGAAGAUUCCGUUUUACUGCCGAACUUGGCCAAAGAGAACAGCCACAACAGCAGCUUUGAGCUGAUCGGCUCCAUGAUUCCUUCCUACCAGCCUUGCAAUAAGCAGGCAGCUCGUGGGGGCAACUUUCUGUCUGCCUUUGGAGGUGUCCGCUCUCCUUCUCCUGGCUUUUUCAAAACCAGCUUUAUUAGCUCUGCAUCCAAGAGUUCAGGAAAGGCAUCUGAGCCUUCCCUCCCCAUAGAGGACUCCCAAGAUCUCUAUAAUGCUACACCUGAGGAAAAAAGCCCAGUUCCAGCCACUGGGAGGUUCCAGUUUCAAUUCUCCCUCGAAGAUGACACCCAAAGUCAACUUCUUGAUGCAGAUGGAUUUCUGAACGUUGGCCACCACCGGAAUAAAUACCAGUCCUCCAAGAGUCACCUGCCUCUGGCCAGCAUGGACGAGAAUGCAAUGGAUGCCAACAUGGACGAGCUGCUGGAUCUGUGCUCCGGGCAGUUUGCCUCCCAGGACAAGCUCCCUCCGGACACUUACAGUGGCAAGAAGCAGAACAUGGAUGAACUGCUCGAUCUGUGCUCUGGGAAGUUUGCAUCUCAAGAUUCUCCCAUGCGUGGCUCUUCAGCAACCUCUAGACUCGAAAAAGGGAGCAGCUUAGAUGACCCAGCGGCUGAGGCAGUAGCUCUUUGUUCUGGCUCUUUCCCAACCGACAGGGAAGAGGAAGAUGAAGAGGAGGAAGAGUUUGGAGACUUCCAGCUUUUAACAGAUGACCAUGCAUUUGAGAGUGACGAUGAUGAGAAAAGCAAAGGAGAGGAGGAGGAGGAGGAGGAAACUGAAGCCGAAGUAGAUGACGAAGAGGAAGCCGAAGUAGAUGACGAAGAGGAAGUGUUGAGACGCAGAGAAGGACUGAAGAAGAAAUUUAAGCUGCAGGACUUCAUGGAAGAGGAGGCUGAGCUGUCGGGGAGUGAAGUGGGAAGUGAGGACGAAUAUGACGGCGAGGAACUUGAUGAAUACGAAGAAGAAAUUCUUGAAGAGGUCCUCCCCACAGAUGUGGAACUCCAGGAUCAAGUCAACAAAAUUCAUAUGAAGGUGAUGCUAGAUGAGGACAAGCGGCAGCUCCGCCUAUACCAAGAGAGGUACCUUGCUGAUGGAGACUUGCACAGUGAUGGUCCUGGACGAAUGAGGAAGUUCCGAUGGAAGAACCUAGAUGAUGCUUCUCAGAUGGAUAUGUUUCAUGAAGAUGCUGACGCCGAGGAGGAGACUGAAGAACAUCUUGAUGAGACGGAGAUCAAGUGGAGAAAGGAACGGUUAGAACGUGAGCAGUGGCUUCGGGAACAGUCAGAGAAAGGGAAGGAGGAAGAGGAGGAGGAGGAAGAUAUUGAUGAAAACAGCCAGUUCUUGAAACUAGCUAAGAAAGUCACUGUUAAGUCUCUGCAAAGGAAAGCAACCCCGGUGAUAGAUGUUCAGGAAACCAAAUCGGUACCCAGAAGUCCAUUUGAAGCCUUCUUGCCUGCCAGCAAUCCGCGGCUGAAGAGUGGCUCGCUGCUAAACCAGCCCAAGGCAGUUCUGCAGAAACUGGCAGCAAUAUCGGACCUCAACCCCACUGCCCCCCGGAACUCAAGAAACUUCGUCUUCCAGAUGAUUUCCCCAGUUAAGAAUGAAGAGGCACAGAAGAAGCCCAAGCCUCAGGUGAAGAAACACGCUCCUGUCACCACCAUGAUGCCUUCUCCUAAACGGCUUCGACUCGAUGGUGCUUUGACUAAAGAAACCCGGAGUAUAUUCCAGUUCUUGGAGAGAUAAAGCUGCAGGUGGAUAGCUCUCCGCGUUUUACAGACCUCGAGGGUUCAACGGCAAGGAACCGACAAGUUUCUGUUUCUAGUCUGCAACCAUCCGAUUCUAUUUGUGCAGCUGCCACUUUGCACGUUGCAUCCAGGCCUCUGAACCACCUCUAGUCCUUGGGUACAACUAGCAAAAUAGGGCAAAGGGUGCACUUGUAUCUAUCAGAUGCAACUCCAGUUUGAGCAUCGAUUUGAAUCUGCUCAUCUCUGUACUGCUUUCCUCUAAGGGUCACUUGAUCUGUGCUGCACAGUCACUAAAGUACUCUGGGUGGAGGAAAAGAAGCAUUAAAAGGCCUGUGUGUGUGUUUGUGUGUAUUUUGCUAAUCACAACCAAGGCUGAAGGAACUUGCUUUCUGCCUCCCCGCCACCCCCUGGGUCCUAUGCUGCUUCUGACAUUGAAGACAGCACCCUAAUUCUAUGUAUUGCAAAGGUCUACAUUAUAUUCUAAUCAAAUUUUAUUUUAACUUUCCUAAACAAGAGAUAUGUAUGCUUUUCAUCUGCUCCCCACACCCCACGUUCAUCCUUUUUUUCUUUGUUUAACAAAACUUGAAUCCGUAUUAAGGAAGAAACUAGAGAGAAAGGGACAGUCCUCUUCUAAUCAUGCCUCUCUCUUUCAGUCCUCCACAAGUUUAUUUGGACACUUUAAACCUUUUUAAAUGAAAAGUUUGAGAUCUGGAGAACGGACCUUGUUUAUAGCUAUGUUUAAUUUGGAGGCAGGAUCUAAAGUCUGGGAGGUGAAUGGAAUUCUGCACUGCGCUUCUGACUACAUUUCAAAAGUGUAUACACCAAAUACGCUUUAUGGAAAUGUCAUGCUAGGUUCUUAAAAUCCUCCAAGUUCAUUCCUCCAAGAUAGUAAUCUCCGAGUGUAAAUUUAUUCUGUAAGCACAAUAUGUGUGUGUCUGUCUGUACUGUGUAAAACAAGUUGGUGUACAGGGUGUAAUAAACAGGUGUGUUUUUAA